AUGAGUACCGUCCAAUCCGUCUCCGACAGUCGAGUCCAAGAGGAAACCAUGAAAGUCGCAGGAGAGAAGCUUCUCGAUCGCAUUGGCCCGGCAAUAGUUAUCACGCAUUCCCAGGGUGGCCUGUAUGGGUGGUCAUGGGCAGACAGUCGUCCAGACCUAAUCAAGGCACUGAUUCAAAUCGAGCCGAAGGGCCCUCCAUUCCGAGAGGCUAUAUUCUCAAAGGAGUUCAGUCGUCCUUGGGGACUUACGUCUAUUCCCUUAAGCUAUGAACCCCCACCGUCGAAUGUCUCGUCGCCCUUGACUAUGAAGAAUGUACCAGCACAUUCACCCGGCCUGCUUCCAUGCAUCAUCCAGCACGAACCUGCCAGAAAACUGCUCAACUUAGCGCGGGUUCCGAUUCUGAUCAGUACUGGAGAGGCGUCAUACCAUGCUCAGUAUGACCAUUGUUUUAUCAAGUUUCUGUACCAGGCAGGGGUCCCCGCGGAGCAUUUGGAGUUAGGUCAUGCUGGGCUGCAUGGAAACGGGCAUUUGCAGUUUAUGGAAAUGAAUAGUGACGAUAUAGCUCAAGUCCUGCAUGACUGGAUGUUGAUAAAGGUGAACGGCACGUUUUGA